CCUCAGCCGGACUGUAAUCAGUGUAACACGGGGACAAGAUGGCCGCUUACAGGGGAGUGUUGGGUUAUGAUGAUUAGUUCGGAUUUCUCUUCGUGUGUGUAGAUUUUGUUUUGUGUUUGCGCGGAGUGUGUGUGUGUGUGUGUGUGUGUGUGUGAUUGUGGUUAUGGUUAUGGCUGCUGUUAGAGGGUUUUAUCGCUCAGUCCGCCUGCUGCUUGGACAGAAACACACCGCGACACGGAACCAGGACAUCGCAGUGCGGAGUUGGAGUCGAGCUGCAGCCGAUCCAGCGCCGGAGAUCAACCAGAACGAAGAUGUUAAUCAGACGUUUGUGAACCGAAACCCUAGGAAUCUGGAACAGAUGGCCAUCGCUGUGAAGGACAGAGGCUGGGCCACCGUCUGGCCCAAGAGAGAGUACUACCACAGGUUGGUGCUGAAGCGCUCGCAGCAUCACGUGUCUGCUGCGGUGUUUUCGCGAGACUCGGACGUCCCCGUGCUGACGUGCUCCACACAGGAGUGGGCUCUGAAGAAGCAGCUGAGCUCCACGCACUCGGUGGCCGCGUGCCGCGCUGUGGGAGACGUUCUGGCUCAGCGAUGCUGCGAAGCCGGAAUCACUCGACUCGUUUAUCGAGAGGUUCCCUGGACCUUCCGCUCCGACGCCGUCCAGACGUUUUGGGCGGCCAUGAAAGAGGGGGGCGUGCUGCUCAGUGAACCUAAACGUAAAUUUAUUUAAUAUUGUUUCCCUUUUAUAAUCGACCUGAAACUCUGAAUAAAGAUCUGUAUAAACA